GCUUAUUCUGCUGUCUGUCCAAGCCUGUCAUGUCUACCUUGUGUGCUGUCUCCGGGUCUCCUCGGUUUUCGUUUCUUCUCCCGCUUCUUGUGCUGCUGCAGCUGGGUCUUUCUUAUGGGCUCUAUUUUCACAUCGGGGAGACGGAAAAGCGAUGUUUUAUUGAAGAGAUUCCUGAUGAAACUAUGGUGAUAGGAAACUACAAGACUCAGCUGUGGGAUAAACAGUCUGAAUCGUUCCUGCCCUCUACUCCGGGACUGGGCAUGCAUGUAGAGGUGAAAGACCCUGAUGGGAAGGUCAUUCUCUCCAGACAGUACGGUUCAGAGGGCAGAUUCACCUUUACUUCGCACACUCCCGGGGAUCACCAAAUCUGUCUGCACUCCAACUCUACUCGGAUGUCUCUCUUUGCAGGAGGCAAGCUGAGGGUACAUCUAGACAUUCAGAUUGGUGAACACACUAAUAAUUACCCAGAGAUUGCCGCAAACGACAAGCUGACAGAACUGCAACUCCGGGUUAGACAGCUGCUCGAUCAAGUGGAGCAAAUUCAGAAAGAGCAGAACUAUCAGCGGUACCGAGAGGAGAGAUUCCGUUUGACAAGCGAGAGUACCAACCAGCGUGUUCUUUGGUGGUCCAUCGCUCAGACACUUAUCUUACUACUCACUGGAAUCUGGCAGAUGAGACAUCUUAAAAGCUUCUUCGAGGCCAAGAAACUGGUUUAAACGCUGAUACAAUAUGCACACAUAUACCCCCAAUAUGGCUCCAUACACAAACUAAUUCUCUGCGCAUACAAAAAGCUGUGUGUUUAGUAACAGUGCGAUAACUCAGGAGUUACUGCCUUUGUUGUCUGUAUAUUUUGUUUUUAUUUUGCACAUUUUAUAAGCUGGAGGACAACAUUAAAAUGAAGAUUAACCCCUUCGCUAUCAAACAAAAUGAUUUGUUGAAGAACAUUUGGAUAAUGGAGCUGCAGAAAUGUGUCCUUUGGCAAGGAUAAAAAAAUCUAGCUAAAUAAUUAACAAUACUGCAUUAUACUGAAGCUUUCACCAGUCUGCUUGACUAAUAUCCGUUUACAGUUUAAGGCUGCAACAAUUGGAGUAAACUAUCUAAAUAUCAUAUUUAUAUAGUAUAUGUAAAUAUCAUAUACUAUAUGUGAUGUGCGUAGAGAAAUUAUUUGUGGAAAUUUCACAAUCUGAGCAGAUACAUUAUAAUUAUUUUAUUAUUAAUAUUUUACUGAUUAUCAAAAAUACAUGAUAAUAAGUUCCGGUGAUUUGCAUCAGUUGGCGGUAGUAAGAGGGCUUUGUAUAUUUGGUAUCUUUCUUGAGUUAUUCUGCAAGUUUCAUAUCUGUCACAAAAGGACAUUUCCCUGGUUUCACAGAAUGAAGUAGUUUUAGCCUUGUCCUAUUGCACGCUCUCAGUAUGAUGGAGAUGCAAAUACAUUAUAAUUUACUACACACAAAUGUAUGGAUAUAGCUGAACAGUCUAGCAAAAAUAAUAAAUUGUGUGUGUGCAUAUGUUUAUUAAAAUGAAUAUUUUCAGCUCAGCAGCAAGACCGGUACACGUCUAAAUAAAACCCCCUUUUUUUUUUUUUUUGUGCCUCUUUGUAUUUAUAAAUAUGAUAUGUGGUGGGUAGGAGAUUACAUUUGUAAAAUUGCUUCUUUUGAUUUUUUUAGGAUUUCACUACUAUAAAAUUAGAAUUUCUGCCCAUAAAAACCAAUAAUGUAAUCCGAUUUGCCUGUGAGAUUACUAGUAAAAAUGCACACUGUGAAACGUUGCAUAGAUUGCUGGCUUUUUUGUUUUGUACUGUGUUUGGGUUAAAUGGGGAAGUGUUAAAAAAAAAAACAAAGCACUGUGGGUUUGAUGCCACUGAUUUAACUUACCCACAGUUGCACUCUUUAAAUCACUGGUGGUUUUAAACCUUUUACUUACAGGCAAAUCUGUACAGACUCUACUAGACAUUUCUUUGUACCAUCCCUGGAAGAUGCAUGAAAACCCAUAAACUACAGAAGUACAAAAAUAAAAUAAACGGUUACUGUUAUAUUUUGUAAGGGUAUAAAUAAAACUUGUUUUGUCCCAAAAAUGAGAAAAUUGUAAUAAAAGGAAUAAUAUGGAUGGUGUGUUUUUUAAUAAAUUACACUUCCAGUCCA